AUGGAAGCGGAUGUUCCCCUCCCACCGUCCGUGUACGUUGUAGCUUGUGGAUACCGGCAGACCUUCAUCCCCAAGUCGGGCUUGACCUUUCCAGCCUGGCUCGUUGCGUGCGGUGCGUCACCUCCCGUGUCCACACCCGAUUCCGGAUGCGCGACCGUCUCUGCCGUGCGAGUCAAUGUCGCUUCGACGUCGCUCCGGUGGCGCACGAAACGUGACUUUGGACGUUUGGGACGGGUGGCGGCCCGGACCGCCACGAUUGUUUGGCCCAAGGCGGCGUGGCGCAAACUGUCCGACCAAAGUCCCUGGCAGCGACCAAACGACGACACGAUGUCGCUAUCAUUCGAUCCAGUUAAGAUGUGGAAUCCUUCAUCGGGCGACCAUGACGUUGUUGACAAUCAGUGGCACCCGUGCAUGAAGAAGAGCCUCCUCCAAAUCGACCAGUUUCUACAACGAGUAGCGUGGGCCUGUCGACAUUCCCAUACUGCGCAUCCUGAUUUGAUGCGCGCGUGGAACGAAUUUUGUCGGGACCAGGAUAGCGACCAGGUUUUGCUCGACGGUUGCGACGCGAACUUGUGGCCCCCGUCCCCUGUUUCACUCAAUCGGGUAUCAACGGCCCAGCAGGGGAACGCCUGGGGUCAGUACUUUUGUACACCCGCAAACGCUCGACAACUCACCCAAUGCUUCUGGAAGCGACUUUUGUCUCUGCGUCGAUCCGACAGUAACCUUCUCGUUGUUGAACCGAGCUGCGGCCACGGACAAAUCCGAUGCCCAAGCUGUCCGUACUGGGAUUGGAUAUUGACGAGGCUGCGGUGGACUACUGUCGAGCUCAAGCAGACUCCCGAUUGA